AUGUUGAUGACUUCCCACACUGAACAUAAUUCUUUCUCUCCACCUCUUUCUAUCAACAGAAAUAUAAACAUGAGCAGCCCCACAUCCUCAUGUCAAACUUCCGAAAGAUCCUCUCAUGAAGAUGCUGUACCUCGGGCUCACACCUCUAGUUUGACGAAUGUGCUACCCUCCAACCAGCCAAUUGUGACAGGCGCUGCCGCAGCACCUCAUUUGCCCCUUCCAAGCAGCAACACAACUGCACAGAACUUGGCAGGCAUAGAAGUUGGUCCGGGACCGGCGAGACACCCAAAACCAUUAACUGCAGCUGAUCUCUAUGCACAGUUAGAAAAAGAACAAGAAGCUGUCGUUAAUCGACUAACCAGAGAAUUGUCUCUUCUUCGAUCAGCUCAAAAUGCCUCUGUAGUAUCGAACGCCUCCUCUACAUCUACCACUGGAUUCCUUGAUGGAAGCGAGUGCAAUAAUGCUAACCAGAAUCAUUCUGGGUUUUCACAGACCACCAAUUCUCGGUUUAACCGCCACCGAAGCUCGAGUGGGAAUAGCGUUCGAAGUGCUGCUACAACUAACCCAAUACCUAUCUCGCAAGGAACUACCGCAAGUCGACCUAACGGACGAGCUGGAUUUGGAAGAUCCGAUGGCGUCACAGGACUAGGCUUAUCUGGCGUCAUACCAAAUACUGGCAGGCAUGAAUCUUGGGCUAGGUGGAAUACUUCAACUCCAAGCUUCAGUGGGCCAAUAAGUCCUAUGCCAGGCUCGAGAUAUACAGCUUUCAGUGAAGAGUCCUCACCCAAUCUUAGUCAAUCCCACUCCUCGCAAACAUUUUCCCAAAGAGACAUUACUUCUCGCGGACCAAAUCACACCCCUGCAGGUGGAGAGAGAGAAAUGCAACUAGGUAGUCGAUUUGAGGAAAUAGCUCAAAAUAGAAUGGAGUUAGAAAACGUAAAGAAAGAGAAUGAGAUCCUGAAGCGAAAAGUCCGUGAGCUUGAAGCUCUAAUUACUCAGAAAAAAAAGUGUGGAACUGCUGUCAGUCCAACAGGAAAGUACUCGGAAGGCUGA